CCGAUCCGUCCCACCCACCCACGCAUCCGGCCGCCACCGCUGCGCUGCGCCCCGCCCUCUUCCACUCUCCCACUCCAUCCCCAUCCCAAACCCCGCGCCGCCUCUUACCGCUUCGCGUCAGCUUCGAUUUGAUUCGGUUCGGUUCGCGCGCGCCCCGAUCUAUCCCGCGCGAAGUCGAUUCCCACGCCACCCGCGCUGUUAUGUGCGCGGCUCCCAUGGCUUCCACUGCCCAGCCGCAGCAGCAGCCGCAGCAGCAGCAGGAGCAGCAGCCGGUGGCGGCGGCGGCGGUGCCGACUCCGGCUCCUCCGGCUUCCGAGGCGCAGCCGCAGAAGCCGACGAGGGUAUCGUUGUCGUACGAGGAGAUCUCCAAGCUCUUCUCGCUACCAAUCGCAGAGGCAGCCUCCAUCCUCGGUGUUUGCACCAGCGUUUUGAAGAGGAUUUGCCGCAGCCACGGCAUCGUCAGGUGGCCGUAUCGAAAGCUUGUAUCUGGGAAGUCUGGUGAUGACACAAAAAACGCUGAAAGAGAGAAAGCCAAGGGACUUCUUGAGAUAUCUAAAGUUGCAAAACAGAAGGCUCUAAGCGCAUCUGGUCUAUCAACAGUAUCACCAGGCGCUUUCCAAGGAGUGGCAAAAUCUCAACAGGGAAGUUCGAAGGCAGGACAAGUCUCACCCCCAGGAAAACAAAAUGUGUUGGGUGGAUCAGCAAUCUUGUCCUAUGGUACCCAAACCAAAGGCAUCCCAACCUACAUGGACGACUUCAAGUACGGAUUUCCAUCAUCUGGCUUGUCUUUGCAAACUAUGAAAUGGUGGGGGACUGACAGCCACACGGAGACCACACCUGCGAAAGACGAUAACGGUGAAGCCCCUGAAUCAGCAAAUGAGGCUUCGAAGGGUAUGACCGACGAUGAGUUGGACUGGGGAGCAGAUGAAGCUGAAGCCGAAGCCGAUGCCGAUAGUGCGAUCACAACCGAACCAUCUGCACAGCUGUGCUCCCUGAGAAGGAAAGCUGUAGACGAUGGGCGCAAGCUGCUGACUGGCAAGUCCUGCGGGGGACUGGAGCUGUGCAGGCUGAAUAAGAGGCAGAAGAUGGCCCUCGCCCAGGUGUUCGGAGCCUCACUGCCGGAGCAGUUGAGGAGCAAGCUCGGGUGAUGAUUUUGCCUGCCAUUUGUACCUCUGUGUAACACUAGUUACUAGUAGUAGCGACCGGCAUGGUUAAGCUGGUUCCUGAUGUAACUUGUCCUGAUCCAUUUGUGUUGUGAGAACUAGAUAAAUUCGUUGUGAAGAGGAUGGUAGGAGUUUUGCCUGCCUGCUUUCCCAUUUCACGCAUAAUUCCUUUCGUCUCAAAA